GCUCCGGGCUCUGUGUUCUGUGCCCGUCGAGGGCCCGGAGUUCCAAGUGCCGUUCUCAGCUGACGGAGCUCCGGGCAGCAUGGACGAGCCGCUGCCUCCGCGGGAGUCGGCGAGGUACGUGGCGGAGAACAGCCGGGACGUGGUGGUGGACCGCGCGGGCGUGCGCCGGGCGGCAGCGAUGCUGCGGGCGGCGGCGGCCGAGUGGCGCGUGGAGGACUGGAAGGCGCUGCAUGAGCUCAAUCCCCGGGCGGCCGACGAGGCUGCGCUCAACUGGGUGUUCGUCGUGGACACGCUCAACUUCUCCUUCUGGUCGGAGCAGGCCGAGCGCCAGUGCCUGGUGACGUACCGGGGAAAGGCCUACAGCGGCUACUGGUCCCUGUGCGCCGCGGUGAAUCGAGCCCUGGACGCAGGGAUACCAAUAACUAGUGCCUCCUACUAUGCCACAGUGACCCUUGAUCAAAUUCGGGAUAUAUUUCGUUCAGACACCGAUGAUUCCAUGCCUUUAAUAGAAGAAAGGCAUCGGAUUCUUAAUGAAACCGGGAAAAUUUUGUUGGAGAAGUUUGGAGGCUCUUUUCUUAACUGUGUCCAAAAAAGUGAAAAAAGUGCGCAGAAGCUAAUGCACUUGGUCGUUGAAUGUUUUCCUUCUUACAGAGAUGUGACUCAGUUUGAGGGGAAAAGAAUUUCUUUUUACAAACGAGCUCAAAUCCUUGUGGCAGACACGUGGAGUGUACUAGAAGGAAAAGGCGAUGGAUGCUUUAAGGAUAUCUCUAGCAUCACCAUGUUUGCCGAUUACCGGUUACCUCAGAUUCUUGUUUACCUUGGAGCCCUGAAGUACUCUGAUAAAUUAAUGAAGAAACUUCUCAAAGGAGAAAUGCUCUCAUACGGAGAUAAACAAGAGGUGGAAAUUAGAGGGUGCUCAAUUUGGUGCGUCGAACUGAUCCGGGAUUGUCUUCUGGAGCUUAUUGGAAAAGAGAGUGAAAAAAACAAAGAAAAUAUCAAUUCCAUUUUUCUGGAUUAUUACUUAUGGGACUACGCUCGUGAUCACAGAGAAGAUAUGAAAGGAAUUCCAUUUCAUCGCACACGGUGCAUAUAUUAUUGACCCUGAGUGCAAAUCAUUCCAAGAAACACUUAUGUUUUUGUGUCAUAUAAUCACUUGUACAAUUCUGGUUUGAUAUCAGGGUGGUAGAAUAUACAGGAAAAUUAAUUA